AUGCGGGCUGCUCAAAAGCAUCCCACAACCAUUACAUUGGAACCGCUGGUGAAGUUCACGCAGAAGCAUAUGUGUCAAACUCCACGCGAGAAAUUCGUCCAUCUGUGUGAUCAAAACCGUGGUCCCAGUCUACUUUCCAAAAUUGUGCAUGAUACGACACCCGUCCUUGCUGGGAAAUCCCUUGACAGAAUGAACCGGAUCAUGCUUCAGCAGCUACUACCUAUCAUCGACGGCAUGGGCAACUACAAUUCUACUGAUUUGCAUGCAUGGCUUCGGCAUGCCAUUACCAUUAUUAGUACAAAUGUUACAUACGGCAAUUUGAACCCCUUCCAAAAUCGACACAUGGAAGACACCUUCUGGGAACUCGAACGAAAUGCGGCAUUACUACUAGUCGAUAUUGUGCCAUGGCUAAUUGCUCCCAAAGCCUGGAAGGCGCGCAGGCGUUUGUGUGCUGCGUUCAAAGAUUACUUCGAUCUUGCAGGCCAUGAAGGCGGCUCCGACCUCCUAGCAAUGCGGUACAGAUCAUUCCUCGGGGCUGGACUUACCCACGAAGAAAUAGCGUAUGCGGAGGUGCCACUGAUUGUAGGAUUACUGACAAAUACCGUUCCUGCUGCAUUCUGGGUUCAUUUUGAGCUUUUCUCCAGGCCGAAGCUGCUCGAGGAGAUACGGGGGGAGAUAGAGCAAAACGCCCUCAGUAUAGCUCCCGAUGGUACGCACAUCAUUGAUUUGGGGUACCUUUGCGAUAAUUGUCCACUUCUUCUCUCAAUGUACCAGGAGGUCCUACGGAUGAGGACAACAAUGGUAACGAUCCGCUUCGUGACGCAAGAUAUUGUGUUGGCGGACAAUUACUUUCUUAGAUCCGGAACCAUGCUCUUCAUGCCGGCGAAGCAAUUAGGCCGGCAUCAGAGUGCUUGGGGAACUUCGGCGGAUAAGUUCAACGAAAGAAGAUUCAUGAGAUCCACUACGACAGUCAAUGAUAAUGGCGACAAGAGAAAAGAUCCAAGGCGUACUGGCGGGUUCAUGGCAUUUGGUGUUUCCCCGACAAUUUGUCCUGGGCGCCAUUUUUCUACAAGUGAGAUAUUGGCACUAGUCGCCAUGAUCGCCUUGCGAUAUGACAUUGCUCCAGUCGAUCAGCUUUGGUGUGCACCACCGAGGAUGAACUCGGCGACGACAUCGAAUAUGAGUCCAGUCGAGGGGAAAUUUCCAGUGACCGUGAAAAAGCGACAGAAGUAUGGAGGGAAGCUGUGGCAGUUCAAGAUCACUGAAGGCAAGGGGCAGUUUGGUUUUGCUGUGGGUUAA